AUACAACCUAACAGCAUAAAAGCACGCAGCAACCUCGCAAAGGAUUAGCAUAGGUCUAUCUUCAAACUUCGUGCUUGACUGAUACACACCAGUUACAAGACGAGCACGAUGUACAAGGCAUUCCUGCUGGUGCUGUUGGCAGGCGCCGUUCUAGCAGGAGGCCACGGCCGACUUCGCCGUCCCCUGAAAGGUUCGUCCAACAAGGCUCGUGCAGUGCGUGCAACCCAGAGCUUCCACUCCUCGGUUGUGGUUGCUUUCCAGCCAAGUGGUGCUGCCUACUUGCGGGAUGAAAUGACAGCAGCCUACAAUGACCUGAAGGCUAAAUCCGACGCUGCCAGGGCCGCUCUUCCAGGCUGUGAGCAGACAGUUACGUCCAAACUCCAGACGAACUGUGCCUCCUGUGUGAGACAACAGUGCAAGAACAAGGCUGACUCCUGUCGACCGGAUCUGUGGGAGGCUAUCGGUCAGAUGCUGGAGUCUGCGUUCAAUGAUGCUGCCAGUUUUGUUUGGAACGACGUCCUCCAUGUUGAAGACGUCGCCUCGGCUGUGGAAGAUUUUGCUGACGGCGCCUUGUCUUCGGUGUCCACUGCCAUCAAUCAAGCGGCAGGAACUGUCUGGUCAGGCGUGCAGAGUGCAGCUAACGUGAUAGUUGACGCUGGCGAGGAUCUUCUGAACGCCGCUGGUGACGUCGUGGACGCCGCAGGGAACCUGAUAAGCGAUGUCGGCGACGCCAUCGGAGGUGCUAUCGACAGUAUCGGGGACGCUAUCGGUGGUGUUUUUGGCGGAGGAUGGGGACGGAGGAAGAGAGCUGUCCGACCACGUGCUCGCCGUUCGGAUCCGACCUGCAGCGAACUGGAGAGUCAGCGUGAACAGGCGUGCCUGAAAUAUGCCGACUCGUCUGCUUGCCGCACAUCAUGCGAUGUGUCGUAUUUGCAAAGCGCAUAUUGUCCGACCUACAACUCUGCUGUGAGCGCUCUCCAAACCUCACAACAGCAGAAUGGCUGGAUAACAAAUGUCCCUCAAAACCAGGACUUCAUCAUCCAACAAAUCGCGGUGGACACCAACAACGUGAACAGUGCUGGCUCUUAUACCAAUGCGGCGGUGAAAGUGCGACUGUUUGGUGAUGAUUACACCU